AUUCGUCUUUUAUGGUUCACUGCUGAUGAAAAUAAAUUCAAAAAUUUAAAUAUCUAUUUUUUUUGCAUACUACGGUUGUUGGUUAAAAUGUCACAUUAAAAUGAUCCACGAGCACUACUACUUAUGUAGUUAUUUAUUAGCAGACACACGUCAGUAAACGGAUCGAUUCUUCACAUUCAAGAGAUCCGAUAUCCAGUCCCAGGCUCCGUGUGUUUGUCAGAGAAAAGUGAUGUGAAUAAAAUCUGUUGCCCUCUGACUUGAUGCUGCUUGUGCUCGUGUCAGUGUUUAAAUGUUGUAGGAGGAAUGAAUAAUAAUAAGUGAAUAUUUUCGUCCUCUCCGCAUUAUUCGUGAUUCAUGAGGUCGGUGUUUAUGUGGCGCGUAUGUCCGUUGUUCCAGUGCGCAUGCGCAAGCUCACCGGGACCCGCUGCAUCUUUAAUAAAACACGCGAACAUUUUUAGUAUGCGUGGUGAUCGUCAUGAGAGGACACGAAACACAGCCGUGAUCCGCUCCGGUUCGGAGGAUGUCCGGCGUCACAGCCGUGAAUAAAGUUAAGGUCAAGCGACAGAUUCGUGGCAUCGUGAAAGAUCUGGAGAACAUCUUAGGAGAUCUGAAGGAUGUAGCGAAGGAACUCAAAGAGGUGGUCCAUGAUAUCGACUGUCUGACAUCAGACCUUCAUCUGGAGGAGGAGACGAGGGACAGCUCAAAGACGGACACGCUCAACAGUAGUUCCAGCAGUAUGACCACCACCUCCAGCAUGGAGAGGAUCAAAGUUUACCCGGAGGAGAUGCUCCUCAGACCUUCAUCUGUGUCCUCUGCCAUUCUCACGGUUCUAAAGAGACCCAACCCGCCCCUGCCUCCGCCCUGCACCGCCCUGUCCAGAGGCGAGGAUCACGAAGACCCAUCCUCGGGGAUACUAAUGGCGGCAAAUGGGCCGCUGAUACGGAACGGCGCUUUCCCAGCCAUCACAUACAGCCGAGGCUCCUGUCACGGACCCAGAAUCGCAGGGCCGCCGGCGGCUCCGAGGCACGAGAAGAACCGCUGUCCUCAGACCACGAGGGAACGAGUCCGGUUCAGCGAGAAGGUCCAAUAUCACGGCUACUGUCCCGACUGUGACUUGCAGUGCGACGCGGACGACACGGAUUUGCACUUGCAUACAGAAGUGAUCGAUGUCAAACUGAGUCGGAGUCCUCAUCUGUGUACGCCACCGGCUCAGAUCCUGGCGGAGAACGGAAACCUCGCUUUCAGCCCGCUAACAGCCCGCGCCUCGCAAAAACCACACAAGACCAUCCUGCGCAAGUCCACCAGCACGACUGUCUGAUGUUUGUUGGAUCUGACCGAACGCUGUUUAGUUCUCUGCAGGUCCUUUUCAUUUGAGAGCUCCAUCCACUUCACCUGAAGAUGCUCAUGAGGUUUAAGAGGGAGGAUCAGGAGAACCACAGAGGAGAACCGCUGCACCUCACAUGUCUGGAGAUGUUGAAUGGUCUUGUGAUGAGCAUCUUCAUCUCAUAAUGUGGUGUUCAGUGAGUCCAUAACAUCUAAGGCAGUGGAAAUCUCUUGGAAAAUCACAAAUCUCCACACGGAGAAACACAACAACAUUUCAUCUUAUAUUUGACUUAUUUGAGUUCUUCUAAGAUCAACAUUUAAAAGGAUUAAGUAACGUGAAGUCUGAGGGGUUGAAAGAGAUCUUAUAAUGUUGCUGCUAUCAACACAAACCAAACUUUACACAUACUGAUUUACAUCAAAACAUUUAUGAGAAGUAUAUAGUCUGAGAGAAAGUGUCAGAUGAUGUAUACAGUGCAAGAUGGUGUAUAUGAGAUGAUGUAUACAGUGUGACAUACAGUGUGAGAUGAUGUAUACAGUGUGAAAAGAGUGUGAGAUGAUGAAUACAGUGUGAGAUACAGUGUAACAUGAUCUAUACAGUGUGAGAUGCAGUGUGAGAUUAUGUAUACAGUAUGAGAUGACGUAUACAGUGUGAGAUACAGUGUGAUAUGAUGUAUGCAGUGUGACAAACAGUGUGAGAUGAUGUAUACAGUGUGACAAAGAGUGUGAGAUGAUGUAUACAGUGUGAGAUACAGUGUGACAUGAUGUAUACAGUGUGAGAUGACGUAUACAGUGUGACAAAGAGUGUGAGAUGAUGUAUACAGUGUGAGAUACAGUGUGACAUGAUGUAUACAGUGUGAAAAGAGUGUGAGAUGAUGAAUACAGUGUGAGAUACAGUGUAACAUGAUCUAUACAGUGUGACAUACAGUGUGAGAUGCAGUGUGAGAUGAUGUAUACAGUGUGAGAUGAUGUAUGCAGUGUGAGAUGACGUAUACAGUGUAAGAUACAGUGUGAGAUGAUGUAUACAGUAUGAGAUGCAGUGUAUGAUGAUGUAUGCAGUGUGAGAUACAGUAUGAGAUAAUGAAUACAGUGUGAGAUACAGUGUGACAUGAUGUAUACAGUAUGAGAUGCAGUGUAUGAUGACGUAUACAGUGUGACAUACAGUGUGAGAUGAUGUAUACAGUGUGACAUACAGUGUGAGAUGAUGUAUACAGUGUGACAUACAGUGUGAGAUGAUGUAUGCAGUGUGAGAUGACGUAUACAGUGUAAGAUACAGUGUGACAUGAUGUAUACAGUAUGAGAUGCAGUGUAUGAUGACGUAUACAGUGUGACAUACAGUGUGAGAUGAUGUAUACAGUGUGAGAUACAGUGUGAGAUGAUGUAUACAGUGUGGGAUGCAGUGUGAGAUGAUGUAUACAGUGUGAGAUGACGUAUACAGUGUGACAUGAUGUAUACAGUAUGAGAUGCAGUGUAUGAUGAUGUAUGCAGUGUGAGAUACAGUAUGAGAUAAUGAAUACAGUGUGAGAUACAGUGUGAGAUGAUGUAUACAGUGUGAGAUACAGUGUGAGAUGAUGUAUACAGUGCUGAGCUCUGCCAACAGAAAGUCAAAACAACACUGUUCACUUCUGUCACAUUCUCAAUCAAUCAGUGUACAGAACGUGACCUUUUUAAAGGCAUUUGUUUUUGUAUAGAGAACCUUGAAAUAUUUAAAGAGCUUAUUUUUGAUAUGAGAUGAUUUUAAAGAUGUCAGCAUUUUUGACAAUAUAAAAUGAAAAUUGUAUGUUAAGUACCAAUUAAAAAUAUGAAAAUAUCUGCA